AUGACGGAAUCUAGAAGGAAAUCACCUGAUGUCGCCGGCAAUACGGUAACCUUUUUACUGACUAAACAGGCAGAACAUCUUGUGGAUGGCCAUCGUGUCAAGGUCGUUGUUGUAGGCAGCGCACCUAAAGGCGUUGCCGUCGCUAUAGCGAUUCUAUUCAAGCUGUGCGAAUUAUACCAGAUAAAACCGUCGACAAAAGAUACGUCGUCCGAUAUUCCGGAGGAACGGAGAGAGAAGAAGAGCAAGAAGCGAAAGAUACGGUUGAGCCGUGCCGUUGCACCUCGCGUCGUAGCUUGGCAGAUCGCAUCAACGAGAUCAUCGCGAAGUACGAACGUACGACUACCACGGCUUACCAUCCACCUUGCGGAUCUAUCUGCCCGCCUCGCCUCGGAGCUCGUCCUCAUAGACGUGAACGAAGAUCUUGCCAAAGCGGAAGCAGAAGACAUCAGCCAUGCGGCGGCGUAUCUCGGCAAUCCCAAGAUUAUCGGUACUAAAGAUUAUGCUUGUGCCAGAGACGCCGCGGUAUGUGUGAUCACAGUUGGAAGCCAAUCUCGUGAAGAUCAGCAACCGGCCGAUUAUCUAGAGCAUAAUCUGAAAAUCUUCAAGGAUAUCAUUCCGAACGUAUCCAAGUACGCCCCAAACAGCGUUCUUCUUAUUCUUUCAAAGCCAGUCGACAUCUUGUCGUACGUUGCUAUGAAGUUAUCGGGAUUUCCACCCAAUCGUGUCAUAGGACUAGGAACAUUUCUGGAUAGUUGUAGAUUCCAAUAUUUUAUCGCUCAGAAACUCGGAAUUUCGGCGAGCGCAAUUCAAGCAUUAAUUAUUGGCGAGAGCGGACCGGCUUCUGUGCCGGUUUGGUCCGCCGUUGCGGUAAUGGGUAUGCCUUUAAAAGACAUAAAUAAAGAGAUUGGCACGAGAACAGAUCCGGAAUCCUGGGGAGAUUUGCACACAAAAAUCAUUGACUGCGAUAAUGAGUUGAUCACAAAGAAAGGUUAUCACAGCUGGGGAGUCGGUAUCUGCGCAAGUGAAAUCGUCGAUGCUAUCGUGCGCAACACUUGCGCCUGUUUUACUGUUUCAACGUUUCUGAAGGGUUGUCGACACGGACUAGAAAAAGAUAUCUUUAUGUCACUACCGUGUGUAGUCGGAAGAAACGGCGUGCAAUCAUUUAUUCGUUUGUUAUAUACAGCCAAGGAGCAAGAACUGAUGACAAUAUCUUGCCGAAGAAUUUAUGAAGCACAGAAAUCGAUCCUUGACAAGAUUGAAUGAAUAAGAGACGUAA